AAUAUAGCUUCAAUGUUUUCCCUUUUGCUUUUCUGGCUUUGAUUUUCUUUUGCUAAAUAAAAAGAAAAUACUAUUACGGCAAGUUUAAAUGUACAAUAAACAGAAAGACAAUUGUUAACAUGAGAGCUAUAUCAACUCGUAGUAAACAUUAAACUGUGCACCUAUAAGUAAUCGUGUAACAUUUUGUACAAUUCUGAUGUGGCCCAAUCAUGUUGAGUCCGUGACUUAUCUAUCAGCUAAUUUCGUUUUGUAGUUUUUUCUACUUAGCUGGUUUCGGUUAUAAAUUAAGUUCUGUGUGCAAUAAUGGCGUACCAAACUUUUCUUCAAGAGUAUAUGCUUAUACCACCGGUCACAAGGGCCUAUACAACCGCUUGCGUUGUCACAAGUCUAGCAGUCCAACUGGACCUAGUGUCUCCGUUUCAACUAUAUUUCAACCCUAUACUGAUCCUCAGGAAGUACCAGCUAUGGCGGCUGGUGUCGACAUUCCUAUUUUUUGGGAACUUAAAUUUUAAUUUCUUCUUCAAUAUGAUAUUUACAUAUAGAUACUGUAGGAUGCUGGAAGAAGGGUCAUUUAGAGGAAGAACAGCUGAUUUUGUUGUUAUGUUCGUGUUUGGAGGAGUACUGAUGAUUUUGUGUGCCUUUUUCGUUAACCUAUUAUUUUUAGGACAAGCAUUCACCAUCAUGAUUGUGUAUGUGUGGUCUCGUCGGAAUGUAUUUGUUCGGAUGAACUUCUUCGGACUGAUGAAUUUUCAGGCUCCUUACCUACCGUGGGUCCUGCUCGGCUUCUCUGUACUGCUAGGGAACGCGAUAUCGGUAGAUUUGGUCGGCAUGGCCAUUGGUCACAUCUACUUCUUCUUGGAAGAUGUACUUCCGAGGAAGAGGGGUGGACAGAAAAUACUUAAAACGCCGAAAUUCUUGAAGAAACUCUUCGACCCAGCCUCUGAAGAUCCGGACUACGAGCCACUACCAGAGCUCGACAAUAUCCGGCCAGGCGGCUUCAACUGGCGGCGGAACCCUGAAGACGAUGCCAACGCCAACCCCAACCCCAAUGCUAACGCCAAUCCCAAUGCUAACGCUAAUGUCAAUCAAAACCCUAAUGCGGAAGGUGACGCCAGAUAAGAUCUCAAACUGUACAGUGUCAUAGACAGUCAUAUUACGCGAUACAUACAGAUCUAGUGAUAAAACCUUUCCCACAGGCCUGGGAACCUGAAAAUUGGGGCUAUAAAAUUAAUGUUCUAUUUUCUUUUUGUGUCAGUAUAAUACCCUAAUUAUGUAAGAGUGAUGGACAGGGAGGUACAGUCGCCAUGUAUAUCUGAUUGCGACUGUCCAUAUACUUGGGUUUCUCGCUGAAAUUAUGCGAAGAUUUUCUCACUACAUAGGGGUCAUCCAUUAAUUACGUCACACGAAUUUCUAGGUUUUUUGAGCCCUCCCCCCCUCCUUGUCACACUUGGUCACAUUUGGCAAACCCCUCCCCCCUAGUGUGACGUCACAUUUUUUCUACGAAAUCGCCAAAUCGAAUUAAGUAAGUACCUAAGCAUUAUUAAUAUUUUAUCAAAAUAUUUUUGACGAUAUAAAUAUUAGUAAUUUUAUAACCCAAAACUGCUUAGGAAAGAAAAUUAAACGAAUAAAAACGAUUAAACUUGUUAUUUAAAUGUAUAGCGAAUAAAAUAAUUUAAAUAAAUUUUCGUUUACUGAUGAAGUUAAAGUGACGUCACAAAGUUUGUGUCUCCCCCCUCCCCCAUGUCACAAUAUGUCACAUUUUCUUGACCCCCUCCCUCCCCCUAAACGUGUGAUGUAAUUAAUGGACGACCCCAUAUGUAUGAUCAAUAUAAUUUUAUAAGACGCCAUAGGACGGGAGUAGCGAAAUAGACAACUGGAAUACGGCAAGGCAAAAAUACGGCAAGGCAAAAAGAUCGUGCCCAGUAAUAAAAUGUUACAGGAGGCGAUUGCUCCAAAUGCCACAUGUUAGGUAAAGGCAUUGAAUAGGAGGGAAAGCGGUAUGAAGGAGCCAGGUUUUAAAAGAGAAAGAGUUUCGAAUUUUGUACAAGUUUAAUAUUUGUAGGUGACGGAAAAUUGUUGUGCCUACUAAAUCAAAUAAAUUUUUGCUUAUUUCAAAAUCUGGCUCCUUCAUGCCACUUUUCCUCCUACAGUGCUCUUGAGUGAGUUUAAAAAAAAGAUAAAUAGUUCUACAAAUUGAAGACCAAAGCAAUUUAGCUUAGCUUAUAUGACAAAAUUUUAUUUAACGUGUUUUUAAUUCUAACUUUUUAUGAGCAUUGCAACCGAUAUAUUUGUUUCAAGAGAGUAACAUGAACCUAGAACUGGCAGUGGCUAUUUGGCUAAUAAUGGUAAUGAGUAAUAACGUCUGAACUUUAAUUUUUCAAAUUUAUUUUAUGUACAGAUUCAGAUGUGUUCGGUUUAUCCGUUAGCGCGUAUCUAUUUAUUAUAUAUUAUAAUAUUAUAUUAAAUUACAGUACGGGCUUAGAACACUGCUAUUAAUUUUUUGCUGCUUCCGAACCGCAAAAAUUGUAACGUACAGUCGCCAUCAGAUUAAUCGGGACGGCCAAGGUGCUCGAGCGCCCCGGUAUAUCUAAUGGCGACUGUACCUACGGCAUGCUUCAUAAGCACACACUUGCAAGACUGAAACCGCAAGAAAUUAAGACAGAAAUUAAUCGCAGUGCGUUUGCGUUGAAUAGUCGAGUAAAACGUAAUUGUCAGUUUAUUAAAACUAUCAGCUUAUAUUUUAGUGCUUCCAUUAUUUUGAGUCUAUUGUUACUUUGAUUUUAAGUAAAUAAGUUAUUUUAAAUUUGUUGACAGCGCCAUUGUGCCUAUUUUCAGUGUUUAGUUUUUUUAUUUAAUCAAAAAUAAAUUAUAACAUAUCUAUUCAAUAUCAUGAGUACCUAUGCAGUCACUGCAGUCAGUCUCAAAGAUAUUACGACGUAGUUCAGGGGAAAAACCACGGAAGAAUGAAUGAGCGCGCCGCGGAAAAACAAACUUUAUAAAAUCAAUUUUGUAAUCGGGACCCUUAAAAUUAAAUUGAUUCUAGUAGCAAGGAAUUACGGUGCAAAAUGGAGUGUUAAAUACUUUACAUUUUAUUAACCUUUUAACCGCCAGCAAUUUUUGGUCGAGCGUGCUCGUAUCGCCACCGACAGUAAUUGUACCACGCAGAGUAAGGUUGCCAUAGUUACGGGAGUUAUAAAUGUGCUGUAAAAAUCAAAUCCGAUCUUUGUCUUAUUUAUCAGACUGUGGCGAAAUGAGCUGGAUAUGUAAUGUCUUAUAUAUCAGACUCUGGCGGUUAAAGGGUUAAUUUAGCCUUAGGCUUGCCUAAACCAUUGAAUUUUUAAAUUGUGAAAUUAGAACUCACUUUACCUUUUAGACUGCAGCUCCAUCUGCGUUUACUUUGCUCAUUAACUUGAAUUUAAAGUUUUUAUUUUGGUCCACUAAGAUAUCUUAUUGAAAAUGUACAUCCGGUCAGUCCUAGGUUAUUUGCAAUUUUACUUUUCACUCAAGUUGUACAUAAAAUAUAGUGUUUUUCCGUAUAAAAUAAAUAUUUUCAAAACGACACGUUUUGUAUAGGAGCGCAUCGUUUAUAACGGCGUAAAUUCCUGUCAUUCGUUAGGUUCAUCUUCAUACGGAACGACACACAGUAUCAAUGUCUGUCCUGUAUAUAUUUUGUAUAAUAAGAAUAAUUAAGAUAAAUGUGUUUUGUAAUCAUUCAGUUGUGUAGGGUUUCUUCAAUGUGGGGAUUUGUAUGUGAAUAAACGAUGUGGCCCAU